GUUUCAGUUGUAUCAAGCCACAGCCAGCUACGCUGCUUGGAGUUAGAAGUGGCUGAAAGUUGAGUGCACUCUAUAGCUGGGACUAUUUUUUUAAUAUACUGCCAGGAUGACAUUACAGUUUAAAGAUGCCUUUUGGGGAUCAGACUUCAUCAGCAAUGUUGGUUAUGAGACGAUUCUUCAGAGGCUUACUGAUGGUCGGCGGACGUGCAAAGAAGUGGAGGAGCUCUUGAAAAUGAGAGCAACAGCGGAGGAGAAAUAUGGAAAAGAGCUUAUCACCAUUGCCCGCAAGGCCGGGGGCAUGUAUGAAAUCUGCACUUUGAGAGCAUCUUUUGAUGAAAUGAAAACACAAAUUGAAAACAUCGGAAACUUGCACAUUCAGAUGUCUGGGCUACUAAAGGAGGAGGUGAAGAGAAUGGAGCAGUUUAGAGAGCGACAGAAAGAACAGCGAAAAAAGUAUGAAGUCAUCAUGGAGAAGGUCCAGAAGACAAAAGUAUCCCUCUACAAGAAAACAUUAGAGUCCAAAAGAUCCUACGAGCAGCGCUGCAAAGAGGCAGAUGAGGCAGAGCUAACGGCUGAGAAGCUGGGCACUGCCCCCACAGCCACUCCCAAACAGAUUGAAAAGAUGAACAACAAAUCCAAACAGUGCAGAGAGGCUGCAGAAGAGGCUGAGAAACAGUACAUGACAAACAUUGAACAGCUUGACAAGAUCCGUCAAGAGUGGGAAUCGACUCACAUUGACACAUGCGAGAUAUUUCAGCAGCAAGAAGAAGACCGCAUGAGUGUCGUUAGAAAUGCCUUGUGGGUGCACUGUAACCACUUAUCAAUGCAGUGUGUGAAAGAAGAUGAGUGCUAUGAAAAUGUGAGGAAGUCGCUGGAAAUGUGUGACAUCGUCACAGACAACAACGGCUUUGUUGAGAUGAAAACCACUGGCUCAUCCCCCCCAGCUCCAGUUGAAUAUCAAAAUUACUACGAAAAGAAUCCUACAGCUGAGAGAAACGGCAGUGUUGGAUUUGUAGGAGUCAUGAAGAGGUUUUCAAAUCUUCUGCAGGGGAACUGUUCCAGUGGCUCGAAAGUAAACAUCAACGAAGGAGUUCCCCAGUGUGCAGGAGAAACAUCAGAUGGAGUAUAUGCGUCCAUUCCUGGCUUCCAGGCGUCCCAAAUGGGAAGUGAGGAAUACAAGGCUAUAUACGACUAUGUGGCACAGGGAGAGGAUGAACUCCCUCUAUCUGUUGGAGAUAUUGUGGUUGUCUUGGAACAAGGUGAAGAUGGCUGGUGGACAGUGAAAAGAAAUGGUGUUUCUGGACUGGUUCCAGGCUCGUAUCUUGCUAAAGAAUGAGUCUAUGGCUACGUUCACACUGCAGGCGAAAGCGCAUCAGAUUUUUUUGACCCUAUGCAACCCAUAUCCGAUCAUGGUAUGACAGUGUGAACGGCACAAAUCCGAUAUUUUCAAAUCCGAUA